UACAUUCACAAAUUGAACAUAUAUUUAAUAUUAAAUUUAAAAAAAGGAUUCAUUUACAAGAUCUUGAAGAAAAAGUACCAUGUCAAAUAAAUAAUUCUGAAUUUAGAUUAGAGUUAUACCUUUUAUAUUGCGAUUUUGAGCAUAUGGAAGCUCUCAUUAAUACAAGUCUAAGCUUUUAUGAAGGU